AUGAUUGAACCGCAAAUGGUCGAAUUAGUCCAUUUAGAAGGUGAAUGCGUGUACGAGAACGAUAAGAAGGAGACGCAGGACGACACUUCAUCCCUUCUCUUCCAAGAAAUUCAGCGGUUGAUUUGGAGAAUCUAUGUAGACGCAUGUUCCAAUAUUGGUUACAGGAUAGCCUGGAAAGCUCGUAAUAAGAAGGAAUAUAAAAAACGACUGACCAGGCAAAAAGUUACUGUAAUCCAACGUGGAUCCAUCAUCCCAAAUGCAUCUGUUGUGAAUGAAACAAACAUUGAGUUGGAAGUAGACUGGAAGAUCUUCGCGUGUGCAGGCCAGCUUCCACUAACAACUCCAAGCACUGGACUUCCUAGAAGUGGACCAUCUCGAACUACAAUGUUAUCACAGCAUUGUUCAGUAUCAACUGCUCCGAAAUCCAAUUUGAUUCGAUAUCCUCCAUUGGUUGACAAGUGGUAG